AGGGUCACCGGAGUUGAGCAGCUCUGACGACCUCAGCUCCGGUAGGAAUGACGAAAGAGUAGGGUAGGCAGCGGAAAACAGGUUCGCCUGCCUCCAGUGAAUAACACAUAUAUAAUUCCUUUACAACAAACUCCAGAUUAAUUUAAGAGCCUAGAAUAGACACUUCAAGCUUGAUUUAUUUUAGAAACGCAAAGCCACUUGAACAAGCAAUACUCAAACAAAGGAUCAUGGUAUCAGAACACAACGAUUACGGCCACGGCUAUGCCGCUACCGAAGUUAGACAUCAUGAAUGGCGAACGGCCGAGAAUAGCAGCCAGCAUCUUAUCCCAAAGCUGCAGGCCAUUGUUAAAGAGAACCCAGAGAUUAAACUCCUCGACGUUGGUGCUGGCUCUGGUACGAUCUCUGCCUCUUUGGCAAAGUACAUGCCUGAAGGUGAAGUUACUGCCACCGACAUAUCCGAUGAGAUCCUUGUUCGAGCCAAGGAGUAUGCCGAAUCUCAGGGCGUUUCCAACAUUAAGUUUCAGCAAGCCAACGUGUUCAAGCUGCCUUUCCCAGACGCAGAAUUUGAUGUCACCCAUGCGCAUCAGGUCCUCUGUCAUUUGGAUGCACCGGUAGAUGCCAUCCGGGAAAUGCUCCGAGUUACUAAACCAGGGGGCACACUUUCUCUUCGCGAGAGUGACAUGCACAUGUGGUGCAUCUGGCCUGAACUUCCAGCCCUCCUCAAGUUCCAUGAGCUUCAGGUUAAGAACAUUUCUGGCAAGGGUGGACAAGACAAGGGAGGCCGUCAACUUCUCUCAUGGGCCCUGAAAGCUGGGGUUUCCCGUCGAGACAUUAUCUUGAGCUUUGGGACGUGGUGCUACAGUGCACCGGAGGACAAGAAAGCAUGGGGAUCAGCCAUGAAAGAUCGCUCGCUGACUGGCUUCGCGCGCGACAAGGCUAUUGAGAUGGGUAGUGCGACUGGUGAUGAGUUGGAUGAGAUGGCAAAGGCGUGGGAGGAGUGGAUUGAAACGGAUGACGCUUCGCUAGGUAUCAUGAAUGGCGAAGCAUUGAUCACCAAGAAAUAAAAGAAGAAGACGGAUUGAAGACCUUGUAGCAAUUAUAGAAUUAAUAGUCAUCGACUGAAUGAACAAGCAUCAUUUUGGAACACCAAAUCUCUAGCCGCUGUCCUUUUCUCUAUUCCUGAACUGCCAACGCGAAAUCUCAGUGAUUGCAAUUACAACAUCAAUCUUGCAUAUUUUUCGAGCCCUUUCUUCCCAGCAGACUUGGCGAUCUUGCAGAUAGGUGCCCACGCUCCAAGAAUUGCCGUGACGCCAGUGCAAAGAAUCAUCGGACCGUACUUGGUCGCAUACCCAAGGCUAUCACCACUUGCCAACGAACUCCCUGCUGAGAUGAGCGCACCACUGAGAGGCCCCGCAACAAUGAAGCCCAGCCCACGGCCUCCGAGUAGCAUACCAAAUACCAAGGAUGUAUCGAUCGAUUCGUUCGUCCCCUUGACUUCUUGCAAAGCUCCUGACCAUGUCGCACUGAACCCACCAGCAAAGAAGCCAUAGAGAAUCACAAAGACCACCAUAGUGCUUAUAUGACGAUCCAAGCCCCAUAGGAGGAAUACCGGAAGUGCGCUUCCCAAGGAGGAGACAAGAAUGACUUUGGCACCAGAGAUCUUGUCGCCUAACAUGCCAUGGAUGAGAGAUCCAGGCACAGAGGCAAGCGAGAAGAGCGCCAGCAAGAUCGGUCCUGUGACAGAUGAAAGUCCAAUCGCGGUGGCAUAACUAGCCAAGUAGGUGCUCGGCAUCAGAUAACCCAAUGACUGAAUGAUUAUGCCGAACUGAAGCAUCCAGAAUGAAGCGUGUCUAAAGAAAGCAAAGCUGAUAGGACGCGGCCUGGAGUCACGGCUGAUUUCGACUCGAGGCUUCAGGAAGAAGAGUGUUGGUAAAGUCAUAGCAACUGAUGCCACUGUCCAAGACAGUAAUGUUGCUUUGAGCCCGAAUCGCUGGAGCAAGACGUUGAAGAGAAACGGCAUGGCGACACCAACGCUUGAUUUACCAGCCCACAUAACUCCAUAGGCAAGACCUUUCCGCUCGACAAACCAUUCGUCCAUGUAGAGUGAGGUUGGGCUGAAGAGCAAGCUGCAUCCGAUGGCAUACAGAACACCCUGGGUGGCGAUGAGACCAGCAACAUUGCCUACGAAGGCCGAAGCCGUUAAGCUGAUUAUGGUGAUAGCUAAGCCGAGAGGACCGCACCACUUUCGAAGACGUGGGAAGCGAUUUAGAACGAUGAAUGCCACAGGCAUCAUGAGAUACAUGAUCCCUGUCUG